CGUGUUAAAAUCUUAUUGAUCAUUGUUUAGAUUAGUUCAAUAACAUUGUAUGCGUCUUUUCUUUUAGCACAAUAGCAAAGAAAUAGUAUGGUUAAUGAACAGAGGCGGAGAUUACAGGCACAAUAAUGUCUGGUCGAAGUGACAUUGACGAACACAAUCAACGAGUUUUAGAAAGUCUUAGUCCUGGGGACCGUGUAGAAUUUAGCAGAGGAAUUUAUUCCCACUGGGGAAUUUAUAUCGGUCAAGGGAAAGUAAUUCACUUGGCUCCACAAGAUGCUUCAGAAAUCCAAGCUAACUCCGAAAGUACACAUUUUAAUAUUGGAUGCAAAAUGUAUAAAAAGGCUCUAGUAGGUACCGAUGAUUUCUUGAAGGUUGCUGGGAAAUACAAGGCUUUCCGUAAUAAUAGUCUUGACAUGAAACUGAAAUACACUAGCUGUAGACUUUGUAGCUGCUUAAUGUGUGCCAAAGUUUUCUAUUUCAGAGCCUUAAGUCCUGAAACUAUAGUGCACCAAGCAAUGCCCAAACUUGGUGAGGUCGGCUACAAUUUCAUUACCGCCAACUGUGAGCAUUUUGCAAACUGGUGCAGGUAUGGACAAAGAAAAAGUCAACAGAGUGCCCCAGGAAGCACGAACCCAGCAUUCCACGACAUUCGCAUUCUUCAACACUACACCAUUUAA